UAGAGAUAAUUGGUCAGGAUGUUGUAUAUGAUGGAAUAUAAUUUCGGCGAUUCGAUGCGUUGAAAUCUAAUGUGUUUGAAACGUAGAGAAAUAGCGUCAGUCGGUAAUCAAAGACAUGCGGUCACAACCCAAAAGUUCCCAGCGACACCUCGGGUCAGUAGAUCAACGAGCUGACCCCGGAAGCUCAAAUCUUAAAUCAAUCGAUCCUGGUUUGUCACAGAAAACGGUAACGUCCGUCUUUAGUGAGCAAAUCUCUUGUUAGUAGUACAUCACCAAGGACAUUACCGAGUACAUCUCCGUUAUAUAUAAGAACGAUUUCUCCUUAUAUUUAAUUCAACAGUUUAUCAACCAAUUUGUGCAUCAGAAAAUCAAAUCGGGAACAUCAACUAAAUACAUAUAAUAAUUAUAGUUAAACUCAGUGUUAAUGAAACGACUUUGGUGGCACGUGGCCUCAAUAAACUUUUAUAGAAAAUCAACCAGUGAGUCCGACUUUUCACCCGACUAAUCCUGAAAGGAUCCUUCACCCAAUUUUUCCAUCCCACAUCCACCCUACAAUUGUCAAUCCUCAAACAUUGGUCCUUCGAGCCGGAUCGUGGGUGUGAAAAAUCAAAGUGAAGUGUCGCGUGAGAGAAAGUAACGCCUCGCGAAUCUGGAAUAUUCGAGGUUCACACAAGUGCGAGCAAGGACUUCAACAAGCAGGUAAUCAACGAGAGAACAGGGUCCGAAAACUUUGUUUACAUCGGAAACAAAGGCCAAGGUCAGUAGCAACUCAACAGAGCCUCAAAAGCCUCAGUGUUAUCGGUGAACUUCCGAAGUAAUCGUGUGCCUUCGCAGAGACCCAACACAUGGGCCGAAUAGUUCGCGCAACAGGUGGCGAUCGCAGCGGCACGGUCGAUAACCAACCGACAUCAGACGCUUAACAGUCGGUAACUAAUCGAUAUUUAUCAACUGGUCGAUCACUGAGUACAUCAUCAUGAGCGACCUCAACGAACCCAGUGACAGCUCGGACCUGACACCCAAGGACACUCAACAGGAGUCUUGCUCACGGGCAGAUGCCACUGAAGAGCUCAAAUUAACAGGAGUAAUUCAAAAUGAAUCCCUCAACACAGAAGCCACUCUUCCAGAAAUGUCUGUCACUACGCAGACAAUCAAGCCUAGACAUUCGGAAAUCGGAGCACACAGACAGGAAGUUAUCACAGUACCUCAACGCAGCAAACUCAGAAUGCUGAGAUUUAAAGCUCAAGUGCUUAAAGAAGUGUACCAGGAGCUAUCUCGCAUUCAAGAGACGCAGGCUCCAUAUACAGUGGAAGAGUUGGAAAGUCAACGAGACAUUGUUGAGUCUGAGUGGGCAGAACUCAACAAGAUCCAUGAAGAAUUAAUAGAGUCUUUGCCAGAAGAUCAUGAACAUCACGAUGGCAAAGAAUAUGAGGAAGCAUCCGGUCAUAAAAGAGGGUGUCUAACCCUCAUGGGCCAGAUCAGAGGCCAGAUAAUCAACGCUAGGGAUGCAGCAAGAAUGCAGGAGUCCACUUACGCAAAUCAACUGGGGACUCUCAAAAUCAAGCCGUUUGACGGGAAGAGAGAGGAAUGGAGGGAAUUUAGCGAGACAUUCCUGACGAUGGUGGGAAAUGAUGAUAGCAUCCCCCCAAUUAAAAAACUUAUAUGGCUCAAGAGAUUCCUCAGAGGACUUCCAGCCGAGCUCCUGGCCACUUUCAACACGCAACCAGCAAGCUACGAGAAGGCGUGGCAGAAACUCAUCAGGAGAUACGAGGAUCCAAGGGUAGUGGCUCAGUCCUUAUUUAAUAAAAUCCUGGGCUUGCAGCAAAUCAACAAAGUUACCGCCGAGAGCCUCGGAUCCAGAGCAGCAACAGUGGUCGAGACCCUCGAUCAACUGAAGGAUGUGCCAGGACUCAACACAGAGAACAUCACAGAACAACUCUUCGCCCACAUCCUCAGAAGAUCACUCGAUGUGGACACGCUGAAGCAGUGGGAAGUCAAGUUGGGAACUUCCAAGGAUUUCCCUAGUCUACAGGAGUUCGUAGACUUCCUUGAAGCUUAUGGGAGAUCCCUAAACGCAGGGGCUAGCCUCAAGGAUCAUCAGGAAAGCGGUCCAACGAUCAAGAAGCCCAUCACAAAAGGAGAGAGUGGGUACACAGUCACUCAACAACAGGAGAGCCACUCAACGGAGAAAUUAUUCCCCAAAACAAAUUGUGCUUACUGCCAGGGCAGACAUUUUAUCGCAGUCUGUCCACUUUUCAAGCAGCUCAUCCCAGUUAAGAGAAACGGCUUUGUCGUAAAUAAGGAGCUGUGCUUCAGGUGUCUUGGUCCCCAUCGCAAACCAAAAUGUAAAUCGACGAAGACGUGUCAUGAGUGCAAUCGAGAUCAUCACACACUCAUCCACAAUGGGAGCUCGUGGACAACGGCGCCAUCGGUUGGAGCUGGAGUCAGAGCGAUCGAAGCAGCACAGGAGAGACCAACACCAGGCACAUCAACCAGACUCAGUACAUCACCAGCAUCAGCAAAGAUCAACAAUCAGAGGAUCAAUGAGAGGUCAACAGAUACCUACUCAGUACAUCAACCAGAAGAAGAUCAGCAAGCGGUAUUAUCAGCCACCGCUAGACUCAGAGCACACUCAACCAGAGGCUUCAUAGUGAAAGCAAGAGCGCUAAUUGAUCAAGGAUCAGAAUUGUCCUUUAUAACUGAUCAAUUAGCACAUCAAUUGCAACUCAAGAGAAGGCCAUCAUCAAUAAAACUAGUAGGAAUUGGCGGAAUCAAUUCAGGCAUUACACAGGGCGUAGUAACAGUCAGUCUUCAAGCAAAUCACGGGCAGAAGCAAGUCACAAUCAGCGCCCACGUCCUGAAGAAACUGACUACUACAUUGCCAUCAUGUUCAUGUACAUUAGCAGACAUCGGCUCACUCGAGAACCUUCAACUAGCCGAUCCUCAAUAUCUCAGACCUGGACCGAUCGACCUCAUCAUAGGAGCAGAUUAUUAUGGGCGGAUCAUCGAGAGUGCAAUCAUCAAGUCUAGACGAACAGCAGUAGUUGGCCAACGCACAGCAUUUGGUUGGAUAUUAUCAGGGCCAGUCAAAUGCAAAAGUUGUUCAACAAAGAUGUCCUUUUCUAUAGCACGGGAAUCCUCGAACAAGCAACUACUAGAGCUUCUCCGGAAAUUUUGGGUCCAGGAAGAAUUGCCAAUUCAACAUCAACAUUCAGAGCUGUCAACAGAGGAACUCGAGUGCGAGAAGCACUUUCAAGAAACUCACCGCAGAGAUGAAUCCGGACGCUACAUAGUGAGACUCCCAUUGAGAACGUCCUCAGCAGCGCUCGGCGAUUCAAAAAAUAAGGCCUCACGUCAGUUAAAAUCAGUAAUCAGCAGGCUCAACAAGGAUCAAGCAUAUGCCCAACUCUACAAAGAAUUCAUCAAGGAGUACGAGGAAUUGGGACAUAUGAAAAGGGCGUCAGAACUUCCAGAACCAUCAACAGCCUAUUAUCUGCCGCAUCACGGAGUUUUGAGAGAGGACGCCAUCACAACAAAGCUGAGAGUUGUAUUCAACGGCUCCAGCGCCAGUUCAUCAGGAAUGUCACUCAACGAUAUUUUAUAUCCUGGUGUCAAACUGCAGAUGAACGCGAUGAACGUCUUAACCUGGAUAAGAAAACACAAACUCGUCUUUGGGACGGACAUCAUCAAGAUGUUCAGACAAAUCAAAGUGCAUCAGGACGACUGGGACCUUCAGAGGAUCUUGUGGGUCGAUGACAAUGAACAGCAGAUCACCUUUCAGUUAACCACAGUAACCUACGGUCUCAAUUGUUCGCCCUGGUUAUCGCUCAGAGUACUUCAACAAUUAGCAGAAGAUGAAGGACACCGUUUUCCAGCAGCCGUCGAAGCGAUCACAAGAGGUCGUUACGUCGACUACAUAUACGGAGGGUCCGACUCAGCAGAAGGCCUCAAAGAAAUAGCAGUGCAGCUUCAGGGACUAUGCCAAGCAGGAGGUUUAGCUCUACAGAAGUGGAGUAGUAAUUGUCCAGAAGCUCUUCAUCAACUAGGCCUAACAACAGAGAGCAGCCUGAUUCAAUUUGAGGAAUCAGUAACGAAAGUACUUGGUUUGUGUUGGCACCAGUCAACCGACACAUUCAGGUACAAAUCGAGGAAAUUCAACGCAGCUACCAUCACCAAGAGAACAGCAUCAUCAGAGAUAGCCCAGAUCUUCGAUCCAUUGGGAUUUAUCGCUCCAGUGGUUAUUCAAGGGAAAAUUCUCCUGCAGGAGCUAUGGAAGCUCAAGGUCAACUGGGAUGAUCCUCUUCCAGACGAAUAUAAAAACCGUUGGAGGACAUUCCGAGGAGAUCUCACCAACUUAGACAGAGUCACUGUACCCAGAUGGAUACAGCUAUCAUCGGAGACGAUCAACAUCCAAAUACAUGGAUUCGCAGAUGCAUCAACGGUAGCCAUGAGUGCAGUGGUCUACAUUAGAACGAGAACAAUCAACGAGAAACCAUCAACAGUUCUAGUGUGUGCGAAAACAAAGGUCGCACCAAUCAAAAGGAUGAGCAUACCCAGACUAGAGCUCACAGCAGGUCUACUCUUAACCCAGCUAGUAGAAUCAACAUAUGAGAUGCUUCAACUAGAUCGAAAUCAGGUGGAAACUUACCUCUGGUCAGAUUCAUCAGUCACGCUAGCCUGGAUUAGGAGCCCAGCCUCAAGAUGGAAGGAUUUCGUCCAUAACAGGGUCAUCAAAAUACAGGAUACGCUACCAAAGGCCAUAUGGAGAUACGUCAGUGGAAAGGAGAACCCAGCUGACUGUGCCUCUAGAGGAAUGUCACCAAAUGAGUUAGCAGAUCAUCAACUCUGGUGGACAGCACCAAGCUGGAUCAAUCAGGAUCCAGAAGCCUGGCCACAAUCAUCAAUAGACGUAUCCAAAAUGGAUACUCCGGAGGUGGCCAAGGAAGCUAAACCAGUACCAGCUCAUCCGGCAAGGAUGAAAGUCAGCAAAAUAGCAGAACUCCUCAACAGAUACAGUUCAAUGGCCAAACUGUUAGCGGUGACAGCGACAAUCAACAGAGCGAUAGACAGAUUCAGCCGGCGACCAACGCCCCCGGGACCUGUCCUGACAACUAGAGAACUCAACCAAGCAAGAGUAUUCUGGGUUAAGGUAACACAAGUUCAAUAUUUCGAAUCAGCUAUUAGACUUUUGCAGAGAGAUCAUCAACUACCAAGAAAUCAUCAGCUAGCAAAGCUAACACCAACGCUAGACGACCAAGUCAUCAUGAGACUAGGAGGUCGCCCCAAGAACGCUCAACUUAGUCCAGAGGAAAUUCACCCAGUAAUCCUGCCCAGACAGUCAAGGUUCACCACACUGGUCAUUGCAGAAGCUCACCAGAAAACUCAACAUGGAGGUACUCAACUUACCUUAGCCUAUACGAGACAAAAAUAUUGGAUUGUAGGAGGCAGAGGUACAGUAAGAGCAUACAUCUUACGCUGUGCCAUCUGCACCCAUCAUCGACGAAGACAGGCUCAACAGCAGAUGGGUCAACUGCCGUCAACAAGAAUUUCACCAGCUAGGGCAUUUCUCCACACAGGAGUGGAUUAUGCAGGUCCAUUUCCUAUCCUGAAGUGGAGGCCAACAAAUGCACCACCAGGAACAGUGCAUAUAGCAGUAUUUGUGUGCUUCACCACGUCAGCAGUUCACCUAGAGCUCGUCAACAGGCAAACAACGGAGGCUUUCAUCGUCGCCUACAAAAGGUUCACAGGAAGACGUGGCAUUCCAGCCGUCAUGUAUAGUGACAAUGCCACCACCUUCAUUGGAGCAGCAGAAGUCCUAGAACAGCUCUAUCACCAGGAGUCGAGAGAGAAUCAACAAAUUCAGGCUGUCCUCGCAACCCAUGGAACUCAGUGGAACUUCAGCCCACCAAGAGCACCACACUUUGGUGAUAAAUGGGAGGCGGCCGUGAAAUCCGUGAAAUAUCACUUGAAGAGGAUACUAGGACCAUCAACGCUUACAUACGAAGAACUCAACAGCGUGAUCAUCCAGAUAGAAGCGUGCCUCAACUCCAGACCAAUCUGUCCCAUGUCAGAUGACCUAGAAGAUCUACAAGUGCUCACUCCAGAACACUUCCUGGUAGGAGAGCCCCUUCAACUCAUACCAGAACCAUUUCUUCUCCAGAAACCCAGCAGCAAAUUACAGAGAUGGAAUCUCGUCACCCAGAUCACUCAACAAUUCUGGUCCAGAUGGUCUAAGGAGUGCCUACAAAGAUACCAGGCAAUCUACAAGUGGAAAAAUCAACAAGAAAAUAUCAAGGUCGGCGACAUGGUCUUGAUGAUGGAUGAAUAUCCACCAGCAACGUGGCCAAUCGCCAGGGUAAUAGCAGCGCGACCAGGAGCAGAUGGACUCACCAGGGUCGUCACAGUCAGAACAGCCAGAUCCCAGGUAGCAAGACACGUAGACGGAUCACUAGAUACUCACAAUGUAAAGGUAACUUACGCAGAGUUUGACAGACCAAUUGCCAAACUCUGUCUCCUACCAUCAGACCCACCACCAGCAGAGUAACCGCGAGAGGAGCAACAAGGGGACAUCCAGGAAUCACAGGACUGAGAGACAACCAGCGACCAUCAACAAAGAGGAAGUCACAGCUUGAGAGAAUUUACGCCUCCCUCAAGCAACCAGCAGCUCAACAGCAGAAGCAACAGCACCCAGCACUACAACUAGAUGAUACUCGACCACUUCCAGAGGAUCAGCUGAAUUAGAAUAAUUCAAUAUCCCUGAUGUUGAGUUGCCCCCGGGAUGUUUGAAACGUAGAGAAAUAGCGUCAGUCGGGAAUCAAAGACAUGCGGUGAGAACCUAAAAGUUCCCAGCGACACCUCGGGUCAGUAGAUCAACGAGCUGACUCCGGAAACUCAUAUCUUAAAUCAGUCGAUCGUAGUGUGUCACAGAAAGCGAUAACGUCCGUCUUUAGUUAGCAAAUCUCUUGUUAGUAGUACAUUACCAAGUACAUCUCCGUUAUACAUAAGGACGAUUUCUCCUUAUAUUUAAUUCAACAGUUUAUCAACGAAUUUAUGCAUGAGAAAAUCAA